UAUAUGCGCCAUUAUUAAGUUCGUUACAGUUAUCGUGAAUUGAAGAAAACAUCUUACCAUUGUAGUACUCAACUUUUCAUCGUUGGAUGACUAAUGGAAUACAUCAUUCAUGGAUCGUACUAUAGCGCUUACUUUCGCUGACGUUCGCUGACGUUCCUGCACGUGCAUUGCCCACACAUUUAAAAUAUUGUGCUCACUCUUACAUCAGUAAGAUAUAUACGCAUUGCUACUCUUUUAUAUUGUCAGUCAGUCUUCCUGCUUCUUCGGGAGCGGAGCGAAAAGUUUUGCGUGACAUAAUCGGUCAUUCAAAGUUAUCAAUUUUUAUAAUUGAUGUAUUGUUUUUAAUAUUAUUUUUCAUUUCAAAUAAUAGUGAUUAUGAAGAUAAAUGUAAUUCAAGGAGGAAUGAUAGCAAUGAUGGCUAUUCAAAUUGUUUUUUCUGAACAAGAUCAUGUUCCAACAAUUUUGGGAGAGAUUGAAAAUGUUGCCAAUAGUGCUACCAAUCUUUUUACAGGAAUUGUACAACGACAAAAAGAACUGAUACACCGUAUGACGGAUACAGCUUCUAACUACAUCACAAAUGCUGUAGAAAAGCCGAAAAAUUUUAUCAUCAAUGCAACUAGAAUAACUACUGGCUACAUUGACAGUGCUGCUUCCAAGAGUAUGGAAUUUCCAAUUAGAAGAGUUUUGGAAAAAUUUCGUAACAGAAUGCCUUAUGGAAUACCAGAACUAGGAAUUCCACCUUUGGAUCCGUUUGAAUUGGAUGAAGUCGAUAUAAUAAUUGAAAAUCCGGAAAUAGGAAACGUGUCUAUCACUAUCCAGGAUCUACAGUUACACAAUUUGUCGACCUUCAUAAUCAACAAAGCAAAGCUAUCACUGAUCGGACCAACAAUUGCAACAAAUAUUACCGUUCCAAGAAUUUAUGUCGAAGGCUUUUAUAAUAUAUCCGGCGAUCUGAGUGAAAAAUUUCAAUUACAUGGUUAUGGCCCUUUUAAAGGAAAUAUACAUGAUUUUCAAUUAUUUAUAAACACUAUUUUGGGUUAUUCUAGAGGAGUGUAUUUAAAGACGUUCGAUCUAGACUUUACUUUGAGAUUUAUUGAUAUAAAUUUAAAGAAUUUAAUGGAUGAUCAAGAAUUAAAUGACAUCAUGAACAAGGUUGUUCAAGAAUUGACGCCGAAGGUCUUAGAUAUUGUCAAACCGGACAUACUUCCGGAUAUCCAAAAUUAUUUAAGUGCAAAAAUUAAUGAAACUAUUCAUCAUCUUACCAUGAAAGAUAUAAUUAAUGUAUUGAUGGGCUAUAAUGAAAUUCGAGAAUUUACGUAUCUUCCAGUAUCUUAAAAUUGAAGUCCAUUUUUAAAAGUUUGAAAAAUAAUCUUUAAAUAUAGAUAAAAUAAUUUUUUUAAGAGUUGAAAAAACUAAAACUAUAUUUAUUAAUUCAUGUUUUUAAUUUGAAGAAAAAAUGAGAUUUAAUUUUUUCAUUUCUAAAUAUUUGAAGAUAUGAUGCAUAUGUAGUAAAAUUGAUUGUUGCUUACAAUUUAGAAUUUUUUUUUAUUUUAUAGUUUUGGGAAUGGUAAGUAAUUUUUUAGUUUUAAUAAUUAUAUUACAGAAAUGAGUAUAAUACUUUUAAUAAUUUAAUUCUGUUCUAAAUAAAAUUCUUCUGUUAGUUCUUUUUAUUUGAAAAUGUAUUUUGAUAUGUAAGAAAUAUACGAAUUACUUAUUUAUUCAUGAAA